GGAUCGAGGUGAGCAGAGAACGAAGAGCGCAUGGUGAUUAUAUGAGAAAUGGCACAGUCUCACACACAGUGGGGGGCAACAACGCCUUGGAAGCAGCUCCUCCUCAAAGCAAUUGAGUCCAACGCCAACCUCAAGCACUCCUUCCCUCAACUCGCAACGGUCCGAUCUAAUGGUAGACCUGCCAAUCGCACUGUUGUUUUCAGAGGAUUCCUAGAAGGAUCUGACAAGAUUCAAAUCAACACGGACGGCCGAAGCCAGAAGAUUGAUGAUAUUAAGCAUUCUCCUUUUGCUGAGAUAUGUUGGUAUUUCACAGACUCAUGGGAGCAGUUCAGGAUCAAUGGAACCAUCGAUGUCAUUGAUGGGUCAAAUGCUGAUCCUGUUAAGCUUCAGCAAAGGGAAAAAGCUUGGUUUGCUAGUUCUCUGAAGUCGAGGCUGCAGUACUUGGGACCUAGCCCAGGUCUUCCAUGUAUCAGUGAAGAAUCACCCAAAGUGUCUCCUUUAGAUCCAUCUGCUGGCCCUGUUGGUGCAUUUUGCCUUUUGGUUUUGGACCCAGAGGAGGUUGAUUAUGUGAACCUCAAGAGUACCGAUAGGCUGUUAUUCAAGUCUGAACAAUGUGAUGAAGAAAAAUCUUGGAUUUCUGAGAAAAUUAACCCAUAAA